AUGGAUAAAAAAAUGGAGGAUUUCCUAAAUUUCGCUCAACCUAAAAAGGAGGAGCCGAAACAAUUCAUCCUUAUCAAGUAUCCAGGAAUCGUUCAGGAUGUGGAUAAGGCGCUUCAAACAAUGGGCGGUCUUCAAUUGAUCAGUCAAUCCCACCUGAACAAUCAUUCUCUAGAAUUGAGUCACACCCCUAAUAACUCGUAUACAUCUCGUAUAAUGGCUGAAAGGAAGACUCAGGAUAACGUCUCAUCUGGAACACUUCAUUUGGUGAUGAAAGUGAGAAGGAAGAAGUCGAAUCCGAAGAAAAUGAAGACAAAGUUUUUGGGAUUGAUCAACACAGUCUACUCGUUCGACGUGAUGUGUGAUUUCCAGUACCUUCCACUCAAAAAACGAAUAGGAACCGACGGUUUCGAUGAUUUGAUUCCAAGACUCAUUCCAACUGACAUGUCAUCUGCAUUGAGUUGGUGGGAUCAAACACAGUCACUACCCACUCCGUUGUUCCUUCCACCAUAUCAGUUCAGUCGUUAUUUGACGCCGUCGACGAAGAUUUUGGGACGAGAAACUGAUCAUACGGAGAAGACGAGACGGGCGGUUCGAAGUGGAUAUGGACAGAAUCUCCGCGUGGAACGAAAAGCGCUCUCUGUCACUGUCAUGGCGAACGACGAGUUCCCCCUGGAACCCUCCACUGAAGCAGUCGAAGAAGCACAUUUCCGUUGCAAACACGACGAACCUCAUCGUCUUCUGAAGGAACUAUUCAACGAACGACCAAUGUGGACUAGAAUAGGAUUACUGUAUCGUACAAGAAUAGAUGAUAGCUUAUUGAGAAGUAUCCUUCAAAAAUAUGCAUUUUAUAUUCAAAGUGGUCCAUGGGGACGGUUAUGGUGUCGAUUUGGAUACGAUCCGAGAAAGGAUAAAGAGGGUGGAUUGUAUCAGACACUGAUGGUUUCAUUCAGACAACACGGAAGUAUUCCAGAGAGACAGAGAUUGAAAGUCUCUUCUGAUAGAGCACAGACGAUUAAUCAGAAUGGAGAUGCUAAUGAACCCGUCUCCUACACGUACGAACAAGGAAAACUGCCACGUGUCCGUCAAAUGUGGUACUGUGUGAUGGACGUUCAACUGCCAAAAGCCGUCGAAGAACUCAUCGGAAUAGUGGAGACACAAGCGAUGCCAACUGAAGAGGAAGUACGAGAAAAGGGAUGGCUUCCACCGAAUCUUUUGGAUAGAAUACGUGAUUUGAUCAAGGAGGACGUGGCGAAGACAUCGAAAGAGUUGGAAGGGUCAAUGUCAAUGCAUGGAGAGGAUGAUUUCAUUUAA